AUGAACGAGACCGACCCCAAGAGCAUCAUCAAGAGCAUCUGUGACUUGAUGACGGAGCACUGGCUGCAAGGUGUGGUGUUCGGGGAUGACACGGACCAGGAAGCCAUCGCCCAGAUCCUGGACUUCAUCUCAGCCCAGACUCACAUCCCCAUCCUAGGGAUCCGCGGCGGUUCCUCCAUGAUCAUGGCUGCCAAGGACGACAACUCCAUGUUCUUUCAGUUUGGCCCAUCCAUCGAGCAGCAGGCGUCGGUGAUGCUAAACAUCAUGGAGGAAUACGACUGGUACAUCUUCUCCAUCGUCACCACAUACUACCCCGGUUACCAGGACUUUGUCACCAAGAUCCGUAGCACCAUCGAGAACAGCUUUGUAGGCUGGGAGCUGGAGGAAGUUUUACUGCUUGACAUGUCUGUGGACGAUGGGGACUCAAAGAUUCAGAAUCAGCUGAAGAAGCUCCAGAGUCCCGUCAUCCUGCUCUACUGCACCAAAGAGGAGGCCAACACCAUCUUCGAGGUGGCACACUCUGUCGGGAUCACCGGCUAUGGCUACACAUGGAUCGUGCCGUCGCUUGUAGCUGGAGAUGCUGUUGUGGUGCCUGCAGAGUUCCCCACAGGUCUGAUCUCGGUGUCCUAUGACGAGUGGGACUACGGCCUGGAGGCCCGCGUCCGCGACGGCGUAGCCGUCAUCGCCAUGGCAACCUCCACCAUGAUGAAGGACCGCGGGCCUCACACCCUGCUUAAGUCCGAGUGCCACGGAACGCCGGAUAAGAAGACCCCUAUCUCAGCUUUGCACAUGUACCUGAUGAAUGUGACGUUUGAGGGGCGUAAUCUGUCGUUUAGUGAGGAUGGAUACCAGAUGCACCCCAAGCUGGUCAUCAUUCUGCUCAAUAAGGAGAGACAGUGGGACAGGGUCGGUAAAUGGGAAAACGGCUCUCUGUCCAUGAAGUACCACGUGUGGCCUCGUCAGGAGCUGUAUGGCGGGGCAGCGACAAGGGAAGAUGACCACCUGUCCAUUGUGACUUUGGAGGAGGCUCCAUUUGUCAUUGUGGAGGACGUUGACCCUCUGAGCGGCACCUGUAUGAGGAACACGGUGCCCUGCCGGAAACAGCUCAAAUCAACUAAUCAAACAAACUCGGGGAUCUACAUUAAGCGCUGUUGUAAAGGUUUCUGCAUUGACAUUCUGAAGAAGAUCGCUAAGACCGUCAAGUUCACGUACGACCUCUACCUAGUCACCAAUGGCAAGCAUGGCAAGAAGAUCAAUGGGACCUGGAACGGCAUGGUCGGAGAGGUGGUGCUGAAGAACGCCCACAUGGCGGUCGGUUCUUUGACCAUCAACGAGGAGCGGUCGGAGGUCAUCGACUUCUCUGUGCCCUUCAUUGAGACGGGCAUCAGUGUCAUGGUGUCCCGCAGCAAUGGCACCGUCUCUCCGUCAGCCUUCUUAGAGCCCUUCAGUGCGGAUGUGUGGGUGAUGAUGUUCGUGAUGCUGCUGCUGGUGUCAGCAGUGGCUGUGUUUAUAUUCGAGUACUUCAGCCCUGUGGGCUACAACCGCUGUCUGGCUGACGGCAGGGAGCCUCAUGGUCCUUCUUUCACAAUUGGUAAGGCCAUCUGGCUGCUGUGGGGUCUUGUCUUCAACAACUCUGUGCCAGUGCAGAACCCCAAAGGGACCACCAGUAAGAUCAUGGUGUCGGUGUGGGCCUUCUUCGCUGUUAUCUUCCUGGCCUCCUACACUGCCAAUCUGGCUGCAUUCAUGAUCCAGGAGGAAUAUGUGGACCAGGUGACGGGUCUGUCAGACAAAAAGUUCCAGAGACCAAAUGACUUCUCGCCACCAUUUCGAUUUGGCACAGUGCCUAAUGGGAGCACGGAGAGGAACAUCAGGAACAACUACCCUGAGAUGCACGGCUACAUGGUCAAGUUUCACCAAAGAAAUGUCAACGAGGCCCUGCAGAGUCUCAAGGCUGGCAAACUGGAUGCUUUCAUCUAUGAUGCGGCCGUGUUGAACUACAUGGCUGGUCGGGACGAGGGCUGCAAGCUGGUGACCAUUGGAAGCGGGUACAUCUUUGCCACCACGGGGUAUGGCAUCGCUAUCCAGAAGGAGUCGCUCUGGAAGAGACACGUGGACCUAGCCAUCCUGCAGCUCUUUGGAGAUGGUGAGAUGGAGGAGCUGGAGGCCCUGUGGCUGACGGGAAUCUGCCACCAUGAGAAGAACGAAGUGAUGUCCAGUCAGCUGGAUGUGGACAACAUGGCCGGCGUCUUCUACAUGCUUGGUGCUGCUAUGGCGCUGUCACUCAUCACCUUCAUCUGUGAACACUGGUUCUACUGGCAACUGCGCUUCUGCUUCAUGGGCGUCUGCUCCGGCCAGCCCGGCUUUGUCUUCUCCAUCAGCAGGGGCAUCUACAGCUGCAUCCACGGGGUGCAGAUUGAGGAGAAGAGCAGCUCGGCGCUGAACUCCCCAUCAGCCACCAUGAACAACACCCACUCCAACAUCCUACGCCUCCUACGCACUGCCAAGAACAUGGCAUCCCUGUCUGGAGUGAACGGCUCGCCACACAGCGCUCUGGACUUCAUCCGCCGCGAGUCCUCCGUUUACGACAUCUCCGAACACCGACGCAGCCUGGCAGGCCAUUCAGACUGCAAGCAGCCAUACCUCCCGGAGGACAACAUGUUCAGCGAUUACAUCAGUGAGGUGGAGAGGACGUUUGGCAACCUCCACCUGAAGGAUAGUAAUCUUUACCAGGACCACUACUUGCACCACCACACUGGGUCAGCACUAGGGCUCAGUGGACCUCCACCCAACCGGCCCCAUAGCCUGGGCAGUGCCAGUUCACUUGAGGGCGGCAUGUUUGACUGUGACAGCCUGGGCGGAGGGGUGGCCCCCAUUUUCACCACCCAGCCCCGCUCGGCGCUGACCCACAGGAACAUGAGCAAGUUCGACCUGCUGUCCGGACAGACGCCUCCAUCAGGCCAGGGCUUCAAAGAAGGCCUGCCAGACCUCUAUGGAAUGUUCUCUUUCAAAGGAGGCGCCUCUAGUUCCAGCUACAUCCCUGGCCACGGCUACUGCGGUGGGCGGGGAGAUGAUGACGGGAACAUCCGUUCCGACGUUUCUGACAUUUCCACGCACACCGUCACCUACGGCAACCUUGAGGGCAACGCCAAAAAGCGCAAACAGUACCGCGACAGCCUGAAGAAGAGGCCGGCCUCAGCCAAGUCUAGACGAGAGCUGGAUGAGAUUGAGCUGGGCUACAGGAGGAAGCCUUACCACAUCAGCCAUCACCACUACCACGGCCACCGCUCCACCUCCCCGCCUCUGCUGGCGGCUGAUCGCAAGCGGGGUGGAAGCGGCGGAGGUGGAGGGGGGAACAAUGGCGGAAACUCGUACCUGUUCAGAGACAAAGAGAGCGUAAGGGAUUUCUACUUGGACCAGUUCCGGCCAAAAGAGGGAAUCCCUCAGUGGGAGCACGUGGACCUGACAGAUGGACCUACUGGGAGGGAUGGGGUAGUGGGGAGCGUGGGGACCUGCACCACCCUGGUGCCAGUGGACGACUUUCUGAAGAGCAAACCCAAAAAAUCAGAGUCAAAGGGUGGUGGAGGGGCUGGGCUGGCAGGGGGAGAGUGGGAGUGCCGGAACUGUCGGGCAAGCGGGGGAGGAGGGGGCAAACAGAUGUCCCUGCAUGGAGGAGGGGGUGGUGGAGGAGGGGGAUACAGCAGUGGCGUUAGCUGUGGGUCCUCAGGAGGAGGAGGGGUGAACAGCCGCCCCAGCUCUGCCUCCUGCAUGCGCUGCGAGGGCUGCAAAAAGACAGGCAACCUCUACGACAUCAGCGAGGACAACAACCACCUCUUGGAACAGCUUGGGGGAGGAGGAACAGCUGGGGGAGGAGGAGGGCUGGGCGCCGGCCCCCAGUCCCAGUCUCAGGGCCAGCAGCGGAGGAAGAGCGGUGGUUUCGGGAAGCCGCUUAGACGUCAGCACUCUUACGACGCCUUUGUCGACCUCCAGAAGGAGGAAUCGGGUGGGAUGGGGAGCUCAAUGGGGGGUCUUGGGGGAGGUGGAGGAAUAGGCGGCGCAAACAUGGGAGGGAUGCUUCCCCCGCCUAGGAGUGUUAGUUUGAAGGAGAAAGAGCGUUACAUGGAGGGUGUCAGCCCCUUCGCGCACAUAUUCGAGCGUCAUGGUGGCUCAGAGAGGGAGCGAGAGAGAGACAGGGACCCUUUGUUUUAUGGAGGCGAUAACUGGAAAGGAGCUGGCUCACCACUCGGCCUGUUCAGAGGUGGCGAGGGACUCCACCGCCGCUCGAUUGGGGAGAGAGACAUGAGAGACAGGGAUAGGUCCUUGAUGGAAGGAGGCGGCGGGGCAGCGUUCUCCUUAUCCAAAUCUCUUUACCCAGACCGGGUCAACCAAAACCCCUUUAUACCCACCUUUGGCGACGAUCAGUGUCUGAUGCAUGGGGCAAAACAAUAUUACAUGAAAAAGCAACAACAGCAGCAGCAGCAGCAGGUUGCCAAAAAUAGUCGCAGUGACUUCAGGGGGCCCAUGGGUGUGACAUCCUACCUGCCAGCAUCAGCCACUGCCGGGGUGAUGUCCAACAUGACCCCGCGGUUCCCCAAGGAGAUUGGCCUGGGUGGAAUGAACCAUCACGGCUCCAUGCUGGGGGUCGGCCCCCCACGGCCCUUCAAUGGAAGCAACGGCCAUGUCUAUGAGAAACUGUCCAGCAUUGAGUCUGAUGUUUGA